AUGCACCAACACUAUGUGCAGGAUGAAAGACCCAAGAAGGACUACAGCCUGAAGCCUGGACAGACGUUGCACGUCCAAGUUCCCAAGCAUUCCAGCCCAGUCUCCACAGGGAGCCUCUCAGAGAAGCUGCCUGCGGGGCCCAUGCCCGUUGUGAGCACCUCCGGGACGGGUGCCCUUAAGAUCACCCCUCCUCCUGCUCCGCCUGGACCCCGCACCUCCCAGCCUCCUCUGAGCGCCCGUGGUGAGGCGCCACCACUCCUUGGCGAUGAUGGUGAAGACGCAGUGGGGCGCCCAGCUGGUGGCUCCGAGCAAGCAGUGCCCAAAGAUGGCACAGGCGAUGGCAGCAGCCAUGGCCUGCCAGUAAUCCCAACUGAUCCAGAUGAGGGUGAGGAUGGAAGGGCUGCAGGUGGUGGAGCCGAGGCGACGCCAGGUGGGGCACAGGCCGGGGGAGAGGACGACUGGGGAGACUUUGUGGGUUGA